AGAACUUGAAGAGCUUUGGAGUAAAGGACGGACUGAAGCCUCUUAUGUUUAACAGCUGAUUGGCUGCUGCUUCUGUCCCUCUUUCUGAACUUCAGCGCAGAGGAAUCCCUUAAAGAAUACAAGACAAGUCAAAAUGAACUUGUCGUAUUUGGUAGCGUGUGGACUUAUGGUCACCCUGCUUUCAGUAAGGAUGGGGGCAAAACCUUUAUCUCAGGCGCAGCAGAAGUCUCUUAGAAGUUUGCUGGGCGAGGAGCUGGCGGAGUUUCUGGAGUCGGAGGAGAGGGAGAGGCGGCUAGACGCUGUGCGCUCUCGGAUACGGUUACUGCGAGAUUUACGCAUGGACACCCGGGCCAGAGGGAUGUGGGCUCGUCUCCUUAACGACCAACCCGCACCCAGGAAGCACAAAUCCGGAAACAAGAAAGGGGGUUCCACUUCGAGGAGUGGCUGCUUCGGACACAAGAUGGACAGGAUAGGAACCAUCAGCGGCAUGGGUUGCUAGGGUUGGAGCAACGAUGUGAUGAUCUCUGGACGAUGGGUUUGGAUAACAAAGGUUCAGUUUGUUCUCACCUGAGGGAAAACAAAAGAAAAACUCACCAAGUGACAGAUUUUCGGUAUGAAAGUCAUCACGACCAGCGUAAACAAAGACUGAGAUGCCAAUGCUACAAAACCUUCAUAUAAAUAUAUAUAUAAUAAAUAUGCAGGCAUAUAUACAUAUAGACAUGUGUAUACCAUACAAAUGGUCAACAGAUACAAACACAGAUGCAUACUACAAGAUGGCGGACAAUGGUGUAAAAACUACAAACCGCAAAGCUGUAUAUUGUUGCUGCUGCUGCUGCUGCUGUACAUUCAUGUACUUCAUCUUCCCCUGCAUAAAUGUAUUUAUGUUUAAAAAACUAUUUAUAUGUUUAUAAAAAAAGAGAUAUUUAUAAAUAUGAGUUUUAUUUAUGUAACAUUUUGAAAAUGGAUACAAACUGCAGGUCAAUUCUGUUUGUAACUGUUUUCUUUUGUCUCAAGUAGUUGUAAAUGUUUUCAAAAAUGAUAAAAAGAACAUUCCAUGUGCACUUA